UAUGUGUGAGAGAGGGGCACAGGGGCUGAUGUGUGGGUUUAAAAAUCGUAGUCCUCAAACUCAGCAUGAAAUCUGUAAUGGGAAAAUCAACCCGCUGACUCUGGUGUAAUUGGAUUUUACAGGGACUCGUGCUAAUUCAGAGAGCUGUGGGUAGGUAGCACAAAGCUUGCUUGGGCUAGACAAGCCAUACCGCAGGCUAAAUGGGCAGGAUGUGUGGUGAUAGGACAUGUGGUGUGAUUGCAAGUAUAUGGGUGGGUGUGUUUGGUAGGGGGCUGCAACAAAGAGAAAAUAAACUGUUCAGUAGUCUCUGGGAAUGUAAGCGUCUGUAACGUUGACUGGAAAGAGCCUGGAGGAGCGCUGUAACCGGAUCCUCCGGGACAUGGAGGGCUCCCUUACGGCCCGGGAUCGGGUGGGCAUCCAGGAUUUCGUUUUGCUGGACGCCUACACAAGUGAGAGUGCCGUCCUGGACAACUUGAGGAAACGCUUCAACGAGAACCUCAUUUACACCUACAUUGGUACGCUCUUAGUGUCAGUGAACCCCUACAAAGAGCUGGGAAUCUACACCAAGAAGCAGAUGGAUAUUUACAUGGGCGUCAACUUUUUUGAGCUUCCACCCCACAUCUACGCCCUGGCAGACAAUGUCUACCGCACCAUGUUAACAGAGACCAACAACCACUUCAUCUUGAUCUCAGGGGAGAGUGGAGCAGGAAAGACGGAGGCCUCCAAGAAGAUCCUGCAGUUCUACGCUGUGAGCUGCCCCAGUACCAAACUGCUGGACAACGUCCGAGACCGACUGCUGCUGUCCAACCCUGUGCUCGAGGCUUUCGGAAAUGCCAAAACCCUGAAGAAUGACAACUCAAGCCGCUUUGGGAAGUACAUGGAUAUUCAGUUUGAUCACAUGGGGGGAGCUGUUGGUGGCCACAUCCUCAGUUAUCUACUGGAGAAGUCCCGGGUGGUGCAUCAGAACCAUGGAGAGAGAAGCUUCCACAUCUUCUACCAGCUGGUGGAGGGAGGAGAGGAGGACCUGCUACGCUGGCUGGGUCUGGAGAGGAACUGUCAGUGCUACAGUUACCUGGUACAGGUGGGAGAGGUAACCUAUCAACACUACAGUUACCUGGUACAGGUGGGAGAGGUAACCUAUCAACACUACAGUUACCUGGUACAGGUGGGAGAGGUAACCUAUCAACACUACAGUUACCUGGUACAGGUGGGAGAGGUAACCUAUCAACACUACAGUUACAUGGUACAGGUGGGAGAGGUAACCUAUCAACACUACAGUUACCUGGUACAGGUGGGAGAGGUAACCUAUCAACACUACAGUUACCUGGUACAGGUGGGAGAGGUAACCUAUCAACACUACAGUUACCUGGUACAGGUGGGAGAGGUAACCUAUCAACACUACAGUUAUCUGGUACAGGUGGGAGAGGUAACCUAUCAACACUACAGUUACCUGGUACAGGUGGGAGAGGUAACCUAUCAACACUACAGUUACCUGGUACAGGUGGGAGAGGUAACCUAUCAACACUACAGUUACCUGGUACAGGUGGGAGAGGGGGAAUGUGCCAAAGUCAGCUCAGUCAACGACAAGAGUGACUGGAAGACGGUACGGAAAGCCCUCAGUGUCAUAGAGUUCAGUGAGAGCAAUAUAGAGAGCCUGUUUGCAAUCAUUGCUAGCGUACUUCACCUGGGAAAUGUUACGUUUGUGGCUGACUCACAGGGAUAUGCCACUCUCAACAACAGUCCGGAGAUACAUUGGCUGUCCAAGUUGCUGGGCAUUCCUGCACAGGUGAUACAGGUGGGUUUGACACACAGGAAGAUUGAGGCCCGAUCAGAAGAGGUGCUCAGUCCCUUCACCGUUGACCAGGCAGUAUAUGCCAAGGACGCUCUAGCCAAAGCCAUCUAUGGCCGCACCUUCACCUGGCUGGUCAACGAGCUCAAUGAGUCUUUAGCAAACAAGGAUUCCUCCAGGAAGACCGUGAUUGGUCUGCUUGACAUCUAUGGGUUUGAGGUCUUCAGUGUGAACAGCUUUGAGCAGUUCUGCAUCAACUACUGUAAUGAGAAACUGCAGCAGCUAUUCAUCCAGCUGACCCUGAAGUCAGAGCAGGAGGAGUAUGAGAUGGAGGGGAUUGAAUGGGAGUCAGUGCCAUACUUCAACAACAAGAUCAUCUGUGACCUGGUGGAGGCGAAAUUCAAAGGCAUCAUUUCAGUGCUAGACGAGGAGUGUCUACGUCCGGGAGAGGCCACAGACAUGACCUUCCUGGAGAAGCUGGAGGAGAAGAUGGGAGGUCACGCCCAUUUCGUCACACACAAGCUGGCUGACCAGAAGACCCGGAAGACUCUGGAACGAGGAGACUUCCGCCUCUUACACUACGCAGGGGAAGUCACAUACAGUGUGGUCGGAUUCCUGGACAAAAAUAAUGAUCUCCUGUACAGGAACAUUAAAGAGGUUAUGCGCCAGUCUAAGAAUGCCAUUGUUAAACACUGCUUUCCCAGCACUGAGCCGGACAGCAAGAAGAGACCUGAAACAGUGGCCACUCAGUUUAAGAGCAGUCUGGUAGGCCUGACUGAGAUCCUCAUGUCUAAAGAGCCCUGGUACGUCCGCUGUAUGAAGCCUAAUGAAGGCAAGAAGCCAGGGCUCUUUGACGAUGUGUUGGUGAGACACCAGGUGAAGUACCUGGGGCUGAUGGAGCACCUGAGGGUCAGACGGGCCGGCUUCGCUUACCGCCGGAGAUAUGAGAUCUUCCUGCAGAGGUACAAGCCCCUGUGUCCAGACACCUGGCCUAACUGGAAAGGUACAGCCGCAGAGGGGGUGGAGUGCCUGGUCAAGCACCUGGGCUACAAGCCUGAUGAGUACAAGAUGGGAAGGACCAAGAUCUUCAUCCGCCAUCCCAGGACUCUGUUUGCCACCGAAGACGCCUUUGAGGUCUGCAAGCAUGAGCUGGCUACAAGGAUCCAAGCAAAGUACAAAGGCUACAGAGUGAAGGGAGACUACAUGAGACAGAGACAAGCAGCUACAAAGAUUGAGACAUGCUGGAGAGGCAUGAAGGCCAGGAGAGAGAGGGAGAAGAGAGCCUGGGCUGUUAAGGUCAUUAAGAGGUUCAUCAAGGGCUUCAUGACUAGAAAUCAGCCAGCCUGUGUUGACAACACAGAGUACCUGGCAUUUGUCAGGCAAAACUACCUCACACGGCUCAAGGAGAAUCUACCCAAAACAGUUGUGGACAAGAACACCUGGCUAACCCCACCUCCCAUUAUGCAGGAGGCCUCACAGAUGUUGAGGAAACUUUACACCCGGCACAUGGUACGGAGGUAUGUACAAGGAAUCAUGACAGAGCGGAAAGCACAGUUGCAAAUCAAAGGAUUGACCAGUUCCAUAUUCAAAGGAACAAAAGAGAACUACCCUCACAGUGUGGGAAUACCAUUCGUGGACACCAGGAUAAGUGAGGAAGACAUCCACAUUAAAGUCUACCAGAUGAUUAGGCAAGAACGCAUCAAGUACAGUGUUCCUGUGGUGAAGUACGACAGGAAUGGCUUCAGGCCACGUUUCAGACAGCUGAUCUACACUGGAAGUGCAGCCUACCUGGUGGAGGAGGCCAAGAUCAAACAGCGGGUGGAGUUCAACAACCUCAAAGGUGUGUCAGUCAGCACCCUGAGUGACAACUUCCUGAUCCUCCAUGUCCAAUGUGAGGAUAUCAAGCAAAAGGGGGACCUGGUGCUGCAGUGUGACUACCUGUUUGAGGCCUUGACCAAGUUGUGUCUGGUGGCCAACAAGCACAAUUUUAUCAAAGUAGUCCAGGGCAGUGUAAAGUUUGACAUCCAGCCUGGCAGAGAGGGGUUUGUUGACUUCAAGAGUGGCCAGGAGACCAUGAUUUACAGAGCAAAGAAUGGCCAUCUGAUGGUGGAAUCAACUCGAACAAAGUCCCGGGCAAUGAUACAAAAUUGAACUGGAUCCAAUAAUCAGAUUCUACAAGAUUUUAGGCAUCUUGGGACUUAAAUCAUGAAUGAGAACCUGCAUCUUCUCAAUAAGGGUUGGACAUAAUGAAAUUAAUUGAAAUCUCUACAAACGGUUUGUACUGUGGAGGAAACUCCAAAGGAAUGACUACUGAUGCUCUACUCUGAUGAAAACUUCACCGGUUAUUAAGCUAUACAUCACAUGCAUGGGCUCAGUUGUGACUUAUCAAGCAAAGCGGUCAUUAUAAUAGGGCUCACUUGUAAAACAUGGUUUUGCUUUAGGUAUAUUUUCCCUAGAUGUCCCAUUUUAUAGAGAUAUAAGACACAUGGUUAAAUCAUUCAAACAUUGUGAUUUUGAAGCCAUACUUUUUAUACUUUCUCACAAAGAUGCUGUACCAUAUUUACAUUAAAACCAACUAAGUAUUCAUAAACAUCUUUAUUGUAAGAAAAAUGUGUUAAAUACAGUGCAAAAGACACUUAUACAUGUGAAAUGACCGCAAAGAAUGUCACAAUUUUACGCAAUGUCUGGAGUUGCUUUGUCUCUUCAGCUUUGAUCCAUCUUCCAAACAAGUUGCGUCUUGUAACCAUGUCACCCUCCAAUAAUUUUUGUAACAGGCAGCAAUGACAUCCAUUUUAUCACACAGAAGAAAACCAGAUUUCAUACAUGAUGUCAAAAGAUCAUUAAUCCUUGACUACGGUAGAAACGGCUUUAUUCAUACCACUUACAAUUAAGAGGUGGGUUGUAACUUCUCGCUUCAGGGUUAAGUUCCCGUAGGCAAACAUCUAGGAUCAGCUUCCCCUCCAAAAAUCCUUAAUCAUUAGUGGGGGAACUACAAAACUGACCGAAGAUCACCAUCUAGAGGUAAAGUCAACCUAAUUAAUAUAUCACACCUUUCAGUGUUUUUGUACACAACACCCUCUGCUGGACGAAACGAGUACAUACAGAAAAUAGAAGCACCCAAUUUCUAAACACAAGAUAAAAUGCUGUUAUACAGUUUACAUAUCACUUAUUCAAACUAAUGAAUAUAUAUAUAUAUAUAUAUAUAUAUAUUUUUUUUAUCUAAAACUGCUGUGGUAGGAAAAUGUAUUGUUCCACAUUGUACAUAAUGUAUAGAAUCCUUUAAAUGCAAUUGACCUGAACUAGCUAUACUGUGACACAUACCUGAACUUCAAAGCAAUGUUGUAGUGACGUGAUAAAGUAAAUCAUGAUAAAGAUUGUAAGCAGCACGUACACCCACAGACUUAAGGCACAAUAUCUCUACUGGGCACAAGUAAUAUGUCUACAUACAAAGACAAAAUAUAUGGAAAUAAAGGCG